AAGCGAUCCAAGUCUUAAACAGAAUGUAUAACUAAACAUUCCGUGUAAAACUCAAACAGAACCCACCAAGAAAGGAACAGAAAAAUAACAAAACCCUAAUUUCUCAAAUCCUUAUCAAUUCAUCUUCAAUAUUUAUAAACCCUCCUUUUAUUUUAAUUUUCCCACUUCUUCGUUUCAUCGUCUCAAAAUCUUCGCUUCGAUCAUCGAUUCUUCCCUGAGACUUAUCGCUUUUCCAAUUUAAUCAUGUCUAAGGCUUCCUUCAAGACCCAGCACCCUUUCGAGAGAAGACAGGCUGAAUCUACUCGCAUUAGAGAGAAGUAUCCUGAUAGAGUACCUGUGAUUGUGGAGAAAGCUGGAAGAAGUGACAUUGCAGACAUUGAUAAGAAGAAGUACCUUGUCCCAGCUGACUUGUCUGUUGGUCAAUUUGUUUAUGUCGUCCGCAAAAGAAUUAAGCUCAGUGCAGAGAAGGCUAUUUUUGUUUUCAUCGACAACACUCUACCACCGACUGCUGCUUUGAUGUCUGCUCUUUAUGAAGAACACAAGGAUGAGGAUGGCUUUCUUUACAUGACUUACAGUGGAGAGAAUACCUUUGGAUCCCAGUAGGAAUAGUUUGAGACAACCUUUAUGUAAAUACUUAUUAUUUUCAUUAUCUUUUAUGUUAUGAAUUUCAAGUUUUCUAUUAAUGGAUUUAGAUUUUGUUAAUGCA